GUUUCUAAAAUUUUGAGAGUGAAAUCAAUUUUUAUUAGCAAAUAAAGGGUACACACAUUAGCGUGACUUUAAACAGCGAUACCGGAUAAGCUUGCUAAAGAAUUCAGUGGUAAAAGGGAAAUUAUUUGCCGUAGUUGUAUCUGUAGCAAAGAAGACUUUGAAAAAUAUCUGUAUGCUUUCACAUUGUAUCGUAUCAAUCUGAUGUGUGCGUAACAGUUGCGUACUUAUACCUACACAGAGUGAUUACAGCGCAAUCUGUCGCACCGAUGGAACUAAAUAAGCAUGUGUAAUCGAAGAGCAAGCCAAAAGUUUUAGCGUACGUACAUUGGGUAUACGAGCGUGUAACAUAGAAUGGUUAGUUCCAUCGAAUACCGCGGCGGUGCGACACUCGAUGUAUCAAAGUAUUAACAUUCAACACGACAGAUUGUUGGACCCGGAACGGAACUAUUGAAAAACUACAGAGGAGAGAUUGAAGGCAGGAGAGUGUUGUGCAAAUCGGUCGGUUUUUCGAGGAUAAAAGUGUAAUAAGAGCAACCAGUCAAGGACAGGGUGCCCAAAACGCAAGAUACGAACCUGAUCCAUCCGAAGCGCGGUGGUCCGCCGCGCUGGUGGGUCUAGCAGACGACAUGUUGGCUGCAGGGAGCACCUCGUCUCGGAUGUUUCGGCCGCGAAUUUCCUCGGGGAUUGUUGAGUGAGGAGAGCGAGUAAAUUCGGUGAAAGGGAGGUGCGGAGAGUGAAAAAGCAAAACCACUCGAGGGUGUGUGCGAAAAGAGGGCACACGGUAGGGUUCCCCGAGUGGUGGUUGUGCUGUGGUCGUCGUCGAGAAGCUCGCGAAGAGGGGUAGAGAGACUAGCGAGCAGCGGAGAGGGGGAACCCGGACGAGCCCUCGAAAAAUUGAGGAGUCGAGGAACCGAAAAUCAGAGAAAGAAGAAAAAGUAGAGAUCGUGGGGGUUCGGUUCACGGUUCCAAGCUGGACGAAACGAGAAUAUCACUGGAACGAUACUGGCGGAAAUCGCGAGAGGCAUAGAAAAGCGAAGAAAAGUGGUUAGUCACACGGUUAUUGUCUUCCCUAUCUACGGGAGCUGUCGAUUCGCUCGAACAACAACGAGCUAAGCAGCGCACCGGAGACGAUCUAUUUUAACUUGUCGUUGUCUAUCGAAAAGAGUAGGGGGGCUGGGAGGCAAAGCGAAGCAAAACUGUCGCGUACACGCGUCGCGAGUCUCUUCCUCCUGAAACGAUUUCGCGUGUGUCUCGUGUCGUGUUCACGGGCCAUCACAGGAGGCGCAUCGGACGACAGUGCACGUCAACCUAUUAUCCCAGUCCCGGUCUCGCUCCCACUCUCUCGAGUCGCUCUCGUGCCUCGUGCGUACUCCCUCUAUCGCAAUUCUUGGCGAGUGUGUCGCGGUCGGUUCUCGCCCAGUGUUAAACGUAAAAUUCGGAAGUGGUUCGCUCCGAUAUAUCGCAGAGUCUUUUCAUUUCGUCUAUCAGUCGUGUCUAGUCGUGCUUACGUUCGAUACGUAACCGGCUCGUGCUCUCCUUCCUCGCGAAUCAAUUCGUCGUCGUCGUCGUCGUCGUCGUCGUCGUCGUCGUCGUUGUCGUCGUCGUCGUCGUCGUCGUCGUCGUCGUUGGUGUCCCAGGUGUCAUCAUCCAAAGGUAGUCGUCACUCCUUGGGGAACUAAACAUUCUACGAGAAAAGUAGCAUCCUAUACGUGGUGUCUCCGUACCUCGUAUUUUAACACGGUACAUCAACGUUGGACCAGCAGCACCGUCGCGACACACGGUGUGUGUGUGUAUGUGUGUGUGUGUGUGUGUGUGUAUAUAUAUACAAUAUAUACAUGAAUAUGUAGCUAUGGUUUCGCGGGCAGUGAAAGAAGCCGUGAAGUGAACGUGUCAGGUGCGAACCCACAGUCAAGAUAUACGUGUGUACAUUGAUUGGUGUAUGAAAGAGAAGAGGAAGAUAGCAAAACGAGGAGAAACAAGGAGUAUAAGAUCGCGAGACAAAACCGAUCGCCGUAACGAUAGAGGCGGCGGGUGGAAAAGAGAGGGAGACGUCGAUAGAAGGACGAAGCUCGAGUGUAAGCGCGACGGUGAUAGAUUAAGUAUCGAGUGACAGACAGCCGACCGGAACGAAGGAACGAACCUCGAGGCAGGUAGACGUGGAAACGGAGUGAAUCUCCGCGAACCGCGGGAGAGAGAGGGUGUUACUUAUAUCGAACGUCGCAUUCACACGCGAGAUAAACAACGCGCGCCGGUAGUGCUCGUAACCGCGAGCUACUCAGGCUCGGGGGAGGAGAAGGUAUUAGUGGUGAUAUUUCUUUGAAGCGAGAACAACAGAGAACCAACAGAAGUGGAAGGGAAGAGCGAAGAGGGCGAGCCGCGCGUGUCUCUCUCGUGGUGUGUCAUGGGGUGUUUCGGCAGCCAGAGCAGCAAGGCCAGCCAGGAUGACAGCAAGAACCAGAAGAGGCGCUCGGAUGCCAUCACCAGGCAAUUGCAAAAGGACAAGCAAGUUUACCGAGCCACUCACAGGCUCCUUUUGCUCGGAGCGGGAGAAUCCGGGAAGAGCACGAUCGUCAAACAGAUGAGGAUAUUGCACGUUAAUGGCUUCAGCGAAGCGGAAAAACGGCAAAAGAUCGAGGACAUCAAGAAGAACAUCAGAGACGCGAUACUGACGAUAACCAGCGCAAUGAGCACGCUAACACCGCCCGUCACGUUGGAGGAUUCGGCGAAUCAGAGCAAAGUCGACUAUAUCCUGGAUGUCUCGUCCUCUCCAGACUUCGAUUAUCCCCCGGAGUUCUAUGAAAUCGUUGAAACCCUUUGGAAAGAUCGAGGCGUUCAGCAGAGUUUCGAGAGGAGUAACGAGUACCAACUAAUCGACUGCGCCAAAUAUUUUCUAGAUAAGGUAGCCAUUGUUAAACAACCGGAUUACACCCCCACGGAGCAGGACAUCCUCAGGUGUCGAGUUCUCACGUCCGGUAUCUUCGAAACGCGGUUUCAAGUCGACAAAGUAAAUUUUCAUAUGUUCGACGUCGGUGGCCAGAGAGACGAGAGGAGAAAAUGGAUACAGUGCUUUAACGACGUAACGGCAAUCAUAUUUGUAACGGCGUGCAGUAGUUAUAACAUGGUACUCAGGGAAGAUCCGACCAAGCUCAGACUUCGAGAAAGUCUCGAUCUCUUCAAAAGCAUUUGGAACAAUCGGUGGCUCCGCACAAUUUCCGUAAUCUUAUUUUUAAACAAACAGGAUCUAUUGGCGGAAAAGAUAAAAGCAGGGAAGCACAAAUUAGAGGACUAUUUUCCAGAGUUCGCGCGAUACCAGACACCGUCCGAACCAGGCGUGGUCGUGGAUCCCUCGGAACCACCAGACGUUAUAAGGGCCAAGUACUUCAUUAGGGACGAGUUUCUCCGUAUAAGCACAGCCAGCGGCGAUGGCAAGCACUAUUGUUACCCGCACUUCACAUGCGCCGUCGACACGGAGAACAUCAAGCGAGUGUUCAACGAUUGCCGGGACAUCAUUCAGCGGAUGCACUUGCGCCAGUACGAGCUCUUGUGACUUCGUUUCUGCCGACGUGACCUGUCAUCCGUUCGCAUCAGAAUCACGAUUACGCUUCGCCUCGAGUCGAUCGAGCGAGCGAAACGUGUCGUACUAACGCGACCGAUCUGAACAACGUAUCGCGACGUACGUCGUCGAUGCGCACAGUUCUUCGUCGCGUGUCUGAAGCCAAUGAUUAUUCAGAGAGCGAAACGCGGCAAAGGAUCCGCGCGGAGAAAAUCGCAAGAGAUAUAUCGACGACUGCACGCCAAUCUUGUUCCCCCGCGACGUGUGUGGUCUCGCGAUGGAAAAGUUGUCGCGCAGCCGGGGUUUCCGGGAAAAGGGUUACCGGUUCAAUUUGUCUCGGCAACUGAGAAUCAAUGUCUCUUUUUGCACAGAAUCGCUUACUAAUGUCAUUGGUGUACAAGCAGAUUACGCCCUUACGCCAUUCUACUCUUGCAACAAUCGUUUUCAAUGGAUAACAAUCUCCGAACGUUUCCGAUCGUUACUCGACUACUCCCUUUUAGGUUCGACGAGAAUGUGCUGAACGUCGAUUUUGGGUGAGAAGAGAGAGAGAGAGAGAGAGAGAGAGAGAGAGAGAGAGAGAGAGAGAAAUAUAAAAACAU